AUGGCUAAGCAACACGCAACUGUUACAUUCAGGUUUACAAAUGAAAUGGUGCAAUCCUGUAUAUCCAUGGCUAAAACAGUAGGUGCACCCAAUGAUUCAUCCGUGACACUCUUUGAAGCCCUAGCUGGGCUAUUUUGGGUUUGUGUGAGCAAAAUAAAAGGACAAGGAAAUGGUACUCUAACAAACAUGUCUGUAAGUGUGGAUAUGAGGGAAACCCUAGGUUUGGACAAAGGUUUCUUUGGAAAUUGCAAGGCAUACCAUGAAGUUCCUGCAUGGGAAUGUUUGAGAGAUCAAAAUGGAUUAUCAGAAGCAACUUCUACUAUUGGGGAAGCAGUGAAGAAGAUGGAAAAUAAAAAGGAUACUCAAUUUGAUCGAGUGGUUGGAAGCGGUCGAGACCUAAUAUGUGCUAAAUUAGAUAACGUGGAGUCAAACUCAACCAUGUUUGAAGAUUUUUGUGAUCCGAUUCGAAUUUCUUGUUACAUUGAGCAUGUGUUGGGAGAAGGCCAAGUGCUAAUCCUUCCGUGGCCACCAGGGGAGGGUGGAUUUAGCAGGGUCACUAUGGUUACACCACCGGAGGAUGAGGUUGUCAAGUUAUGUGAAGAUGCUAUUCUCCUUCAAUUUAACCCGACUAUUUUGAUAGGAAUACGCAAAUCACAAAAUAUAGUUUAA